GGGUUUUAGAACAGGACGAAGCUCUCACUUCGUUCUCUAUCGCUUUCUAAUGCUACUGUCUCAUCAAUGCCUUGUUCGAUCGAUCGAAGGUGGAGCACUCGAUUUCACCCUUUGCAAGCUUCAAUUGUAUCGCAUUUUGUGACCCCAAUCGACGAUUUGGUGGACACUCGGGAGACAUGAGUAUGUUCUCGGAUUGAAAGUUCGAUAGUGCAAGCUCUUGUGAGGAGCUGCUCCUCGAAGCACCUGUAGAGGAAGUUAUUGGUUACUUUCCUGUUAUUUUCUUAGCAGAAUUUUUCCUCGUUUCCCCUCUGUUUGCACUUAAAAUACUGUUUCUUUUCCUACUAGUGCGUGAAUUGGACUAAUUUCAAAGGUGCAGACGAACCACCUGCAGCAUGUGUAGUAUACAUAGUGAUUUUACCUGCCAAAAGCGUAAAAGGUGUAGAUUGGAGUUGUUGCAAUUAGUUUUCUCAUAGAGAUAACGUCAAAUUGAUUGUGGCCAUAAAGAGUCUAGUGCACCAAAUGAAGAGCUGAAUCGAUGUUGAAGGAGAUUUUGGAGUUGUAUACGCUUUUCUUGAUCCAGUUGCAACUCUUGUGAUCGGAUAUUGUGACUACCUAAUGGUGGGUUUCAAGAUGGCAGAGGAUAUUGAGAAACUAGGUCACGCUGCCUUUGAUAACGGGGACUUUGAACAGGCUUUGAAUCUUUGCGUCGACCCUGAAAAUGUGACGAUGUCAACUGGAAAAGUCGCUGCUCAUACCAACCUUGAGAACUUCACUGGCGCUGUCAACGGCAGUGAAGAGGGAAGAGGAAAUACCGAUUCGCUGCUUUGUCAGUCAUUAUUGAACCUCUAUGAUGUGGCCGAUAAUGUUUUUAACAACAUCCUUUCCCGGGUGAAAAUGGAGCAGGAAAAACUGAACAAUCUAACUGCAAGAAUAUCUGACAGAGAGGCUCAAAUAGCUGCAUUUGCUGGAACGAAAGAGGCAAUAACUUUGUUCUCAAGUGCAAAGUAUCUUCAAGUUCCAACUGACCAAACAGAUUUUGUACCAGUAUUUGGUGGCAAACAAUCAGAGCUUCCCAUUGCAACCAUAUCAUUGGCUGCAUGUCAACAUCAGGAUGGGGAAGGGGGUACUCUCGAGCUCUUUCGUUUUUUCUCGGAGACAAAUCACGAGUACUGGUCUAGACAGACACAAAGCGCUGAUGGACUUGGCAGGGUGCCAAAGGACAUAAAAUCUGUUGCAGAUUGUAUGCUUUUUAAUUCAUUGGAGCUCCCAUAUCAUCUGUAUAGGGUCGUGGAUAACCUAACGGGAGCCGAUAUUGUGGUAGGAGAAGAAGAGCCCAAGCAUAAGCCUCCUCCACUUGCUGCGCCACCUCAAAGUGUUCUAGCUGGCGAUACAUUGAGCUCAUCAGGAGUUCAAGAAUACGGGUUUAGGCCAAUGCUUGGUGAAGUUCCAUCCUUCAGUUUGCCCAGUACUCUUCCAAACCUGCCUAUGGUUGCUGACAUAAGCUGGAGUGGAUCUUCACGUCAGUUUCAAUCCAUUCCUUUGAUUUCUCCAUCCGUUGGACAUUACAGAAACGCCUCUUUUGGUGACAGUUCUGUCGAGGGUACUCCAACUAAGAGUGAUACGAAGUCACUAGAUAGUUCAACACGUGGCUUUGAGGAUGUUAUGGCUGCUGCUUCCUCUAGGUUGAGUCUACCUCAACAUCCCUCUCCACUCUUGACUGAGAGUGGUACCUUCCCUGCUGAUGUUCGAUCAAUGCACUUACCGAAGUUGCAAGCGUCUCAGACCUCUGAUUUCCGGCUGCCAACAAUUGUGACAAAAACCAAGAGCGCACAAGAUGUUCCACGUUCGGUUUCUCAAACAAUCCCAGCAGUACCUUCGCCUCCUCCCCCUCGUCCUCCUCCCCCCCCUCCCCCUCCCCCUCCACCACUACCACCGCUGCGAUCACCAACACAGCCAGCUCAAAUUAAAACAUCUACUACUUCGAGCUCUGAGAGGCCUGACUCCAGCACGCAACUUGAAGCGGUGGGCCCCCGAAUCCUUCCGUUGCCAAUAGAUGCAAGCCGUGCAGCUUUGCUGGCAUCUAUUCGUAAUCCUAGUAUUCAGCUUCGCAAGACAAAUGUUGGAGACAAGCCAACUACAUCUACAGAUAAGUCUCAGUCUUCAAGUGGAAAACAAGUUGAUUCCAACCGUCCAAAGACUGUGAAUGUUCUCACUGAGAUGGCGAACACCCUUAAAUUGCGAAGGUUAUCUAUGCAAGGUGCUGCUCACGAUAAGAGCCAGGCGAAACCAAGUAAAAUACUUGGAAAUGAAGAUACAGACGCUGGUAGCGUCUCAAGUGGAUCUAACAGUACCGGUAUUACACUACCGAUAAAGAAUCUCCAUGAUUACAUUGCCUCAAGAAACCAAGAGGUGAGCGAUGAUGACGAUUGGGAAGAAUGAAGCUUUUCUUGGAGAUCGAUCUGCAAUUGUGUAAAUAUCACCCUUCGAAGACCUCUGAAUAUUUAACCGAACAAGCUUACGUAGUUGAAGUAGGAGAUUUAUGAAAGCAUGGUCUGGGACUAUUAGAUAUGCCCCUGCAGUUUUGCUUUUUCACCUUGGAAUUCCAUCCUUUUAAAGGUAUGUACUGAGCUCUAGGUCUCCACUCCCGUUACUCCUUUUUCGUCUUUGUGAGUAAUGCACUCGAAUUACAUCGCACAUUUGCGAAUUCAACUGUCUAGAAGGCCUCUGUUACGUUGCACCUUUUCAUGAAGUGCUUCUUUUCUCAAGAAGUUGCAGGUAACACAUUAAUUCCAGACUCGAACAGCGUGGUAUGGUGGACCUUACGGCGUUGCUUGUUGUUGAUUAUCUGGUAGUGCAGUAUAACUCUUGAUUAGAUAGUGCAAGCCGUUGGAAAGUCGUUUCCUCUUGUACCUUCGGAAAGUGCUUUUUGUAGAUACGUUCAUCGUCGAUGUUACGUAUCUUCUAAUGAUUCAGUCUUCACCUAUUGGCGCACCAAUUGGACAAGGGCUUUUGGUCCCGCGGCAUGGUUCUGAAGAUGAUUGGGAUUACUUUCUUCCGAGAAUAGAAAACUUGUCAGAAUACCAAUGCACUUUGUAAAGGAGCUGUACUAUUAUAGAAGCACUUGGAGAAGUGCGACAGGGGCUAGCACAUACCUGUACAUACAACCACGCGUGAGUUCAUUCCUCCAAACCAUGCUCAUGUCCAGGCACACUCAAAACGGUUGGGUGAAUCGAUUAACUUCGAAGACACUUUCUUAACCUUGGCUUAGUACAAAUAAUAUUGAAAUGAUUCUUACUCA